GUUUUUCAUACAUGUCAAAAUAGAAAAAGGCAUUAGCACAAGAAAUGCGUUAAAAACCACCGAAAACAGCUAAAUAGAAUAAAAAUGACUGAUUUGUCUUUUUGUCAGACAGAAUUUGAGUAGUAGUUGCAUUUGCAGGAUGAUGUUACUGUGAAUUAUGUAUCCCUGUAAUGUAAUUUGCUAAUAUUUAAUAUUUCUUCUUUGAGCCCAGACUGGCUGUUAAUCAGCGACAAGAGAAAAGACCAAAUACACAGAACAAUUCCUCUUCAUAUGCAAAUUAUGAAAAAACUAUAAGCUAAUAAAUCUAUUUUUAAAUAAAUCAAAUGAAACACAAGUAUAACUAAUAAAGAGAGGGCUCUGUUCUAUCAUGUUUCCCAGUCAGCCACGACAGUGAGGCAGCAUGUGCAAUAACAGGACAAAGAAACUAAAGCCGCUGAAGGUUAUUCAACCAUCAAAAUUGCAUUUUUUACACUUUUCCUGCUCUUAUAUGUCAAAUUGUAUUUGGUAAAUAAAAGACCUGACUGGAACCCUGCUGAAAAUGAAAUGCAGCGUUAUUUUGUAACAACAACAGCUUUUUUUCGGUCUGCCAGUCAAAUAUCUGCUGAGCACUCCAUGCAACAACUAAAGGCUAACACCUUUUAGUUCACCCUCAUGAAUCAGUCAGAGACGGUUAAAGCCUCCGGCUCCUAUUAAAGUUCAGGUUGACAUUUUUGUGUCAAGUCUGAAUGAGAAGCUUAUCUUACUCUGCAGGUUGUGGAGCCCUACUUUAAUGGAGGCAGAGGAGUAAUCACUGACUGUUGACAGUCCCUUUUCACUACAGGCCCAAGCUUUCUUUGCACACAAGAAUUAUGGGCGCGAUACAAAGCUGGACCGUCAUCAAGGAAGCUAGUGUCAGAAUUAAUGACGUCAUUCCCCUUUAAAGACAACCCGUUACCAGAGAGUCUGAACAGUUGCAGAGAUGGAAAGAACCAUGUUCCACACACUGACUGCGAUGGUUCUUUUCCUCACUUGUUCUGCUCAGGAGGAUGCAGAAGCUCUACCCUGCCCAGAAUACCAGGAGAGUUUUGACGGCUCUUGCUACGAGUUUGUGAGCCUGCAGCGACCCUUCCUCGGUGCCCAGGGUUGGUGUGAACAAGGUGGAGGACACCUAGCCUUCAUCCUGAAUGAUGAAACACAGCAGUUCCUCCAAAAGCAUCUGGACCCGGAGAAAGACUGGUGGCUCGGGCUGGCACCUGCAGCUCCAAACCUCACACUUGACUCUGCUGAUACCGAAGGUUCCCUCGCGUGGCUGGAAGGCUCCGAUGUCAGCUAUAGUAACUGGGCGAACAUGCCAGAUGCACUAGCGGCCUGCGGACAUAUCCUUAGAGGAUCGGGCUUCCAGUGGGAAGCAGCAGACGAUUGCAACCAGGAGCUCAACUUUAUUUGCCAGUUUGAUUCUGGGAGAUCUAUUGCAUGUGGUGGCCAAAAUGCAACAUUGCAAUGUGGUUCUGGUCAAGUUAUAAUCAUAGAUGACAGCUUCUAUGGUCGAAAAACUAUUCAUUACUGCAGAGCCGAACUCGCAGCCUCACCCACAUCCUCCCAGGAGGAGUGCAGCUGGAUAGAUGUGAUGGAAUCUGUUACAGCCCAUUGCCACAGUCGGCAGACUUGCCAGGCUCCAGUGGACUUGAGCUCUUUUGGUGAACCAUGUCCCGUCCUGGGAAGUUACCUGUCUGUAGAGUACACCUGCAAACAUGGACUCCACUUGUUGAUGAGCAAGCUGGCGGCCAUCUUUGAUAAUGUCACCAUCACUGUGAAGUGGCUCCUCAAUCCUUUUCAGGGGAACCUCACAUGCACACUGAAUGCUGGAGAUGGCCACAUUAUUAAUCCAUACAACCCCGAAGAGACGGAGAGCAAUGUGAUGCACAAAUUCACCCGUCCCGGUGUUUUCGUGGUUGGAGUGGAGUGCACCACCAGUGAUUGGCAUGUCACAGCUCAGGAAGCCAUAACCAUUCAGGAGCCCGUUGGAGAGUUCGGUGUCAUUAAGUGUUAUAGCAGAAAUAUGUCGACAGGUGGCACUGAAUGCAAUGUGCACAGUGGUACACCUGUGCAGAUCCAGGUGAUGGUACGGGCAGGUACAAAUGUUUCCUACACAAUUCAGCAUGGAGGCUACGUGGUUGCAAACCUGUCGGUGGAGAAUGGGAUCACACCGCACAACAUGACACUGAGUCUAAGUACGGUGGAAAAGCUCGGCCACGGCUGCCACAACCUGACUCUAUCCGCCUCUAACAAGGUCACGGGCCAAGCGGUGUCCGCUGAUCUGAAGCUGUGUCUGCUGGAGCCCAUUGAAGGCCUGCAGGCCUCGGUGACGGCAGAGGAAGAUGUGUGUCCGGACUCCACUGAUCUCAUCAUCGGUGUUUCGUUGGAGCGGGGAGCCCCCGUGGAGCUGCUCUUCACUCUGACUGGAGGUGGCGGCACAAUCUCUGAGGCUAGAGACAUGCUCAAUGGCGGCUCACAAGCGUAUACAUUCUCCAGGCCGCUUCAAGGGACAUUGAAGGUGACGCUACGAGCUGUGAAUGCCUUUUCGGCCUCUGAUGUGGACGUGGACUUGGAGGACAUACUUCGGUCUUGCCAGAAUCAGUCUGAUUUCUCAGCAGAUGUGCCUGUAAACUCAACAGCUAGUUUAAGUAUCGACAACUUGAAAAUAACUGCUAUUCCGGACACGUUGGUUGAUAACACUCAGAGUGUCACACUGCGCGUAUCUGGAACUGAAUCGAUGGCCAGCAAAGGACUUGUGUUUGAAUGGAAAUGUGAAGGAAACUGCAAAUGCAGAAACAAAACAAAGGGUGAAACUCAUGUCAUUGCAAAGAAUUGCCUUCCAGAUCCCUUUGAUAUUUUCGAAUACAUCCUAACUGUGAGGAGAGCAACCUGGUUUAGGAAAUGGGUUGACUCUGCUUCAGCUUCAAAGUGCAUAACUGUUACACCAAAGGAAUUCACUGAUGUCACUAUAAGUUGUGAUGACUGUUCUUCAAUAAAUGUCAACAACGCUGUAAAGCUCAGACUGAGCUGUGUUAAAACUUGCCAAGAAGUAGUUUGGUAUAUUGAGGACCCUAAACCUUUAGCGGAUGACCUUAAAAAAUGUCACUCCAAAGAAGGAAGGAGGCCAAUAAUCGAGAGGCAGGAUGGCAACACUGAGUAUGUUGUACGUAGUCAACAUCUGAAAAUUUCGAGGGAUUCAUCUCACAACAUCAGUGUGAUAGCUUAUGGGAAGAAUAUGCCAGGUUUUGCCAAGUACACCCUUCCAAUACCAGGUCCUGAGCCUACCGAGGCAGACAACCUGCCCCCCUCAUGCAACAUCUCUCCUCCGUCAGGAACCGUCCUCGAGCCUUUUGACAUCACCUGCAAAUCAAGCUCCUUCUGCUCUACAGGGUGUUUUUACUGCUUCAAAACAGACACAGGAGAACAUCUGCGCUGCAGUAAGGCAAAUGAAGUGAGAUCUGUCUUCCUGCCCCUCGGGGACAAGAACAACAAUUACACUUUGUUAGUCGUGGUGACUGUUAAAAACAAAUAUGAGAAAACCAGCACUACCGUCUCCACUCAGGUACGAACAAGCAGCACAAGUACAUCCGUGGAGGCUCUCACAUCUGCAGUGGAGGACAGUGUGGGUCAGUUAGAGCAGCAGGGGCUUCUCUCUUGUGAGGCACUCGGACAAAUCUUUUCUUCAGUUUCCGAUUUGUUGAAUACAGAGGACGGCCAAGAUCAGAGGGAUGCAAGGACAAAGCUCAGAAAGCAAAUGCUGUCGAAAAUGACCAGAGUUCUGCUGGACUCACCCAGCAACACAACUCAGGAGGUCCAAGUGACAGCCAGAGCUCUGGCCGGACUCACCCAGCGCCCAGACGAGCUCAGUGCCGCUGCUCAAGAAGAAGCGGGUUCCUUGUUGGUGGACCUCAGCUCCUCCCUCAACACAAUCACUGGUAAUCAAGACGAUGGAGAGGACGGAGAAGUAGUGCGAGCUGCUACACCAAUACUUGAAGCGGCCAGUAAUAUUUUGAAUGUUUCCUCAAAUAAAAAAGUCUCAGAUUCUCUUCUCACUGGGAUAAGCAAUGUUCAAAGUGCUUUGCUGAAUAAUAAAAAGCUUAACGGAGACCCUGCCAUCAUCGAUUCGGGUCAGAUCAGUGUGUAUGUCAACAGAGUGUCUCCAGAAAACAUGCAGGAUAUAAAUGUCCAGAAGAGCAGCACCUCCAGAUUUUUCUUCCCUGCACUGCCUGCUCAUAUUCUCUCUCCAGAGGAGCCAGUCGAUGUCAGAAUGAUGAGUUUUGAGAAGAACCCGUACUCUUGGAAAGAAGAAAACAUCACUGGCACUGUAGGAUCCGUCUCUCUCACCAGAACAAAUGGAUCUGUAAUUUCUGUUCAGAACUUACCCGAGGAGAUAGAGAUUUUCCUACCGAGGCCUGAUGUUGGGCAGGAGAACAGCACGGUCCUGGAUCUGGCCAAUUUCAGCACUUUAAUAAUUAAUGUUCCCUCGCCGGAUGUGACACUGGUUCUGAAAAUGGAGCCAUCUGAACAGCUCACCUUCAUGCUGUUCCUGGGAUCUAAAGAUUAUCCCAAUGAUGAGAAUUAUUUAGCCAAGACUCAGAUGCCUCUACAGAACGCCAAAGGGGAGGGGAAAUACACCUGGGUCCUGAGUCCCAAAGACAGGACGGGAGAAGUGGGAGAGCACUACCUUGUGAUGAAGCCCAUUGUCGAGCCAGGUAUCAAAGCCGUGAAUGCCACCGUCACUGUCAUUUCUAUCGCCGCCCAGUGCAAAUACUGGAAUGAAAAUGAGUCUUCUUGGAGCGAGGAUGGCUGCAGGGUCGGCCCGCUCACCACGCCUCUCGUCACACAUUGCCUCUGCAACCACCUGACUUUCUUUGGCAGCUCCUUCUUUGUCAUGCCGAACUUGGUUGAUGUGUCACGCACUGCAGAACUGUUUGCUACGUUCACUAACAAUCCGGUGGUGGUGUGUUUUGUGGGGGCCAUCUUUGCUGCGUAUCUCCUGGUGGUAGUAUGGGCGCGAAGAAAAGACAUCCAGGACUCAGCUAAGGUCAAGAUAACAGUGCUGGAGGAUAAUGACCCAUUGGCUGAGUAUCACUAUAUGCUGAAUGUCAGCACAGGUCAUCGACAUGGUGCAUCCACCUCCUCCCGGGUAACGAUAACCCUGCUUGGCACAGAGGGGGAAAGUGAGCCCCACCACCUGACUGACACUGAGAAGCCAGUGUUUGAGAGGGGAGGGGUGGACAUGUUCCUGCUCACCACACACUUCUCUCUUGGAGAUCUGCAGAGCAUUAGGCUGUGGCACGACAACUCAGGAGCACAUCCUGCAUGGUACGUCAACAAAGUCAUGGUGCAGGAUCUAGAAAGUGGUCAAAAAUGGCACUUCCUUUGUAAUUCCUGGCUGGCUGUUGAUGUCGGAGAGUGUGCUCUUGACAAGGUCUUCCCAGUAGCUACAGAGAUGGACCUGAAGAGGUUUAGUAACCUGUUCUUCAUGAAGACAGCCAAGGAUUUCAGGGACGGCCACAUCUGGUUCUCUGUAAUUAGUCGCCCUCCCUGUAGCACUUUCACACGAGUGCAGCGUGUCUCCUGCUGUUUUUCCCUGUUGCUUUGCACCAUGCUCACAAGCAUCAUGUUUUGGGGCAUCCCAACUGACCCCUCUGAGCAAACCAUGGACCUAGGUCACAUCGAGUUCACCUGGCAACAAGUUGUUAUUGGAGUUCAAAGUUCCAUCAUCAUGUUUCCCAUUAAUCUCCUGAUCGUGAGUAUCUUCAGAAACGCUCGACCUCGAGAGAAGGGCUCCAAAAGGGAAACGUCUAAACAAGGAAAAACUGGUCGAGUUUCUCCUUCACAAACAUCUUCCCCUCAGAAAGCUUUGAAGGACAUCACACCAGACACUGUGAUCAAGGACAUAAAGAGGAUUGCUCAGUCCCUCUCAAAGGCAAUGAAGAGUCCGCUCCCUCAGCUGGAGCUGCGGCCCGGUCAGCAGUCUGACAUCAACACUCUGUUGUCUCUGGUGGAGAAUAUCAUCAGACAGCAGAACCGUGCGGCUGGAGACUUCUACACUGAUGCCUCCAAGAGGGAUACCUCCAUGAUUCUCAGUUUACAAGCAGUUAAUCUAGAACAAGAAAACUGCGGGGUAGGAAGCCCUGAGAAAACGUCAGAUGAGGUUCAGAAGAAGAGCAGCAACAGCCGUUACCUGUACAAGCAGCUGCGUCAUGUUGAGAAGGAGCUUGGUUUGUUGGGACUUUCUCGUUUUCCAAACCCAGACAGCUACAACCGAGCCAUGCAGCAGGUUAAAGGAAUGAAAGGUCUUCUGGAGUGCCGCCUCCACCCGCCCAGCCUGGAGGGCGAUGAGCUGGACCGCAGCCCCAGUCCAGGAGAGAGCGUCAAGGACGAAGCCACCAAGAAGGGCUGUCGAGGCGGGCUGCCCUGGUGGUCCGUGUUUAUUGGUUGGAUACUGGUGAUCGCAACCAGCGGUGUGUCAGGUUAUUUCACAAUGAUGUAUGGGCUGACUUAUGGGAAGGAGCGCUCCAUAAACUGGCUUAUCUCCAUGAUGAUCUCCUUCUUUGAGAGUCUCUUUGUCACCCAACCUCUGAAGGUUCUUGGUUUCGCUGCUUUCUUCGCACUUGUUCUAAAAAAAGUUGACCAAGAGGAGUACGGAGAGCCUCCGAUAGAUGAGAGUCUAAGGAACACAGGUGAUCCGGAUACAGUGCGGGCAGCAAGAAGAGACAGCACAUGCAGUUUCUAUCAGCCACCACCUCCCACUGACAUUGAGAAGAUAAGGAGCAACAUGAUCAAAGAACAGAAGGUCUUUGCACUAAUAAGGGAGAUCCUUGCCUACAUGGGAUUCAUGUGGAUGUUGCUCCUGGUGGCGUACGGUCAGAGGGACCCCAACGCUUACUUUCUGACACAACACAUUCGGCAGAGCUUCAGCAGAGGGAUCUCUGACAGUAUGAGUAUUGAGGAAAUGUUCAACUGGGCAAACACAACUCUGCUGAGCAACCUAUUUGGAGAGCACCCAGGAUUCAUCACAGAUGGAAACUCCAAGCUGGUGGGUAAUGCUCGCCUUCGCCAGGUGAGGGUGCAUCAAAACUCCUGCCACGUGGCUCCCUCCAUGCAGCGGUCAGAGCGGGACUGUCACGCUCCGUAUUCGUGGGAGUUGGAAGACAUGGGCUCCUACGGUCCAGGCUGGAGUCACUCUGAGGGUGACAACACCUCGCUGAACCUAAGAAGCCUGUGGAAGUACCAGUCCCAGCAUCAACUGAGGGCCAUCCCCGUCUGGGGCAGCGUGCAGCUGUACAGAGGAGGAGGGUUUGUGGUGGAUUUAGGGCCAGAUUUAAUUAAUUCCAGAAGAUCCCUUCAGUACCUUUAUGACAACACCUGGUUUGAUGUGUACACCCAAGCGGUCUUUGUGGAAUUCACUGUGUACAACGCCAACGUCAACCUCUUCUGUAUUGUCACUCUCAUGCUGGAGACCACAGCCAUAGGAGCUUUCCAGUUCCGCAGCGAGCUUCAGAGUGUGCGUCUUUACCAGUCGACUGGAGGCCUUCACGUCUUUGUGAUGGCCUCUGAGGUCAUUUACUUCCUCUUCAUCAUCUAUUACAUGUUUGUCCAGGGAAAGCUGCUGAAGCAGCAGAGAUGGGCUUAUUUCAGGAGCAAGGUGAACCUGCUGGAGCUGGCCAUUAUCCUCCUCAGCUGGAGUGCGCUAUCUGUGUUCAUCAAGAGGACUGUACUUGGGAAGCGGGACAUGGAGUAUUACCAAGACAACAAAGACCAAUACGCAAGUUUCCAUGAGACAGCCAAGGCCGAUGCAGUGCUGGGGUAUCUGAUUGCUUUCCUGGUGCUAUUGGCCACGAUCAAACUGUGGCACUUGCUGAGACUGAACCCGAAACUGCACAUGAUCACCGCCACGCUGCAGCGAGCUUGGGCUGAUAUCUCAGGCUUCCUGGUGGUCAUGACCAUCAUGUUCCUGGCCUAUUCCAUCGCUUCCAACCUGAUGUAUGGGUGGAAGCUAUACUCCUAUCGUACUCUGCUGAAUGCGGCACAGACCAUGGUCAGCCUGCAGCUUGGCAUUUUUAACUAUGAAGAGGUUCUGAAUUACAAUCCAGUGCUUGGAGCUUUCCUCAUCGGCUCGUGCAUCGUGUUCAUGACCUUUGUGGUGCUGAACCUCUUCAUCUCUGUCAUUCUGGUGGCAUUCAGCCAAGAGCAGAUCCAUCACAAGCCGUCAGAAGAGGACGAGAUCGUAGACCUGAUGCUGAUGAAACUCUUCAGCUUGUUUGGAGUCAAAUGUAAGAAACCAGCUGGCGACUGCACAACUGAGAGGCCAGUUGGUUCAUCUGUUUCAUACAAGGGGCCCUCAGCAGUUUCUUCUGGCAAUAUCUGUGACGGUUGACAUGCUUGUCCAAGUUUUAGCUUUUUUUGCUUAGUGACUGAAUUGCAAUGAAUUGUCCUCUCUGUCUGUAAAUGAUUAGCAUUUGUCUCGAGUGCUGCACAUGUGUCACUCUUGUAGGAGCUUGAAACGUUAGGAACGUAGGAAACAAGGAUGAUCCGUACGUUAUGCACUGAAGCACUGCAUUUAGGCUACUCUGUAUAUGUAAAGCAAAUAAAUAAAAGAUAUUCAUUGUUACCUCUAAAAA